AAACAUGCUCAAACUAGCGGGUCUUCCCAGAGCUUUUUUAAUGAGCGCUGCAACGGGAGAGACAGGACCAUACCACUGUUUGUGUUUCAGAAGAAAAUCUUCACAUUCUCCAUUAGUUUGGUUGGUUCCUUUGCAAGAGAUGAUGACAAUGAACAGCCAAACGGUUUACCUUGGCAGCACAAGAACAUUCACAAAACAUGAUGAGCCAUCCCUGCUGCCUCCACCUGCAGAUCCUCGCUGAGACCUUCUGCCCGAAGCCCCACCUGUAGACAUGACCUCCACCCAAAGACUCUGUUAGACAACUGAAGCUCCACCUGAGGCCUCCUCCAUCUACCUCCACCGCGGCCUCAUCUGUCUGUGGUCUUUCUGUUUGGUUUCAGCUUACACCAUCUUUUUCUAUAACUGUGACGCAGAACUUCAUGGACCAGAGAGAGCUCUUCUUCCUCCUGAUGGUCUGAACUAGAGAUUAAAAUGCCAAAAAAAAGCAAAGCGAAGACUGUAAAGAGGCCGAGCACUGACGCCGAGCAGCUCCCCCCCAAACAGAGCAAGGUGAUGGACACCCAAUCCCCCCUGUGCUUCGAAAGCCCCGCCAGCCUGUUCCAGAGCCUCAUCCAGCCCAUGGGGGCGGAGCAGUUCUUCAGCGAGUACUGGGAGAAGAAACCCCUCCACCUGCAGAGGACCGAUCACGACACCGCCUCCUACUACCGGUCUCUGUUCCAGCUGUCCGACCUGCCCGGCCUGUGCGCCGAGGAUCUGGAGUACUACAGGGACGUCAACGUCGUGCGCUGCAUCAACGGCAAGAAGAAAGUGCUCAACAAGCCGGGGCGAGUUAAGAGCAGCGUUCUGAAUAAAAGCUUCACGCAGAACAAGGCCACCAUCCAGUUCCACCAGCCGCAGAGGUUCAAGGAUGAGCUGUGGAGGAUCCAGGAGAAGCUGGAGUGUUUCUUCGGGGGGUUGGUGGGCUCUAAUGUCUACAUCACACCACAGGAGUCGCAGGGCCUCCCGGCUCACUACGACGAUGUCGAGGUCUUUGUCCUGCAGCUGGAGGGGCAGAAACGUUGGCUCCUCUACACUCCCACUGUUCCUCUGGCAUCUGAGUACAGCGUGGAGUCCGAGGAGAAGAUCGGCAGCCCGACACAUGACAUUGUGCUCAAGGCAGGAGACCUUCUGUACUUUCCCAGAGGAACCAUCCAUCAAGCCAGCACUCCAGCAGGAGUGGACCACUCCACCCACGUGACUCUCAGCACCUACCAGAGAAUGUCAUGGGGGGAUUUGCUGUUGGACAUAUUUCCGAACUUGCUCUGCGACCACAGCAAGACUGCAGUGAGCCUGAGAGAGGGAAUGCCCAGAGGCCUCCUGCUGGGGGACAGUGACAACCUGGACAGCAGCAGGACGCUGUCCGCCGGCCUCAGAGCGCUGGCCGACCGGUUGGAAAACGGGACGCAGGAAGUCCGCUCCACCCACAUGAAGAGAGACUUCAUCAUGAACAGACUGCCCCCGUGCAGCCGGCAGCAGCUGCUCGAACCAGCUGGGAAGAUUCCUGCCUUGGAGGAUAUGGUGUGUUUGAGGUUUAAAGAUCACAUGGUGAUCACAGUGGAGCCCAGCCACGAGAAAACGGAUGAGGCCACACAGCUGGUCGUCUUUGUCCUGCACUCUUUGAAGAACCAGAGGGAGAACCACAUGAUGGGGGGCAGUUGUGAUGAAGAGGAGGAACAGGACAUCUCCAGGGGCCUGCAGUUCCCUCUGUCCCACCUCCAGGCGCUGCGGCAGCUCCAACAGGUGCAGCCGCUGGCCGUGGACCAGCUGCAGCUGCCCACGCAGGAGGCCAAGCUCAGCCUGGCCCUGGCUCUGUGGAGCGAGAGUCUCCUGGUCGCGUUAUAGCAAACUGCUACGUCAAAAUAUCCCCAAAGUGAAGUAUGAAAUCCACAUGUGUUGAUAUUUACCAAUUACCCCUCAAUAUUCCGCUUUGUCUUACUGCCCCUCUGAAUAAAUCAUCAGCACUCAUAGAGCUGAAAUAUUGAUGUGUUUCA